UAGUACAGCUCGGACGCAGCGGGUAUUUUAGUGCAACCCACAGAAGGAUUUGCGGAGUCGCUCGAAAAAAUAGUUAUAUAAGACAUCAGUGAUACGGCCCUGUGACGCUUAAGGCAAUCUUACCGAAUAUCGUGGUAAACCUUCUGGUUCUCUCAUCUCCAAAUUUCCAACCGAGCAUCGGAUGAAAAUGUUCGAAAGCGAGGGCGUAGCCGCACUCAGGGGCUUGCAAGGCAAGCUACUACACGUACCAGACUUAAGACCGAUCUAUGCAAAUUGGGCAUCUGGACUCAACCCUCACUGCGAGGAGCUAAGGGCGUUUAUUGACGAGAAGAUAGACAUUUAUGUCAAAAACAAGAAAGCCCGGGUAAAGACAAGGGCGAUUGAUCUUGGUUGGUUUGCAUCAUUAUGUUAUCCAAGUGCAGGGAUAGAACAGCUAAAGACGAUGGCUUUGAUGUCCAUGGUAUUCUUCAUUUUCGACGAUACGAUCGACAAGGAGAUCGAUGACGAGACACUAGACUUCGCUUCUGACUUCGAUGCUGCCACGAAACUGAGGCAAGAUUCGAUUGCUUACAUGCGACACAAACUCUUUCAACACAACGAUAAGGCCAUCCCGGAAACGCACUUGCUCCACCCACCGCAGGAGUUUGCGAGUUUUGAGGCGUUCGCGCCGAGGGUGACUGCGGCUGGGCCAGGCCAAGUCGAUCUUGACAGGCUUGCCACUGACAUCCAAGAAUUCAUCGACACCAACGCCCUGGAGCAAACCUACCGACUCUCAGGGUCACUCCCCAGCGUCGAGGAAUAUUGGACGUACCGGCAUGGUGUUGGCGCUGUAUUCCCCUAUUGCACGCUACACCAGUAUGUGAAUAACAUGACCUUGCCUGAUGGCUUGGCCUGGUGUGAGGAAGUAAGGGUUCUGCGGCUAGAAACUAGCUUCCAGCCUCUCCUUUGCAACGACUUGUACUCGUUAAAAAAGGAAAUGAAAGAAGACACGCCGACCAACUUGGUGCCCAUCAUGGUUGCAGAAACAGGAAAGUCGUUAGACUCUAUUGUACACGAAUUAGUAGAGCAGAUGUACUCGUCGGCUAGGAAAUUCGACGUUGCCGCCGCCUCUCUUAGGACUAAGGGACUCAACUAUGACGAAAACGUCCGGGAGAAUAUUCGACUGUUCAUCAGAGCGUUUGAAACAUUUCAGACCGGAUGUUUUAAGUUCUUCAUGGAUUCGAAGAGAUUUGGUGUUAAGGAGUAUAAGCAGGAAGAUGGAAGCUAUAUUAUACCGUUGUAAUGCUGGAGUGUAUAGGAUACCAUUUGGGAGAGGGCCCUUGUGCGAUUUAUUAGACGAAGAUCUGAAAGAUCAUUAGUUGCGGUU